GUCAGCUUACCCAUCCACAUGCGCUUGGCCCGGCCUUACCCAUACGAAUGCCCAGCCUAUUCCUCCAAUGGAGCAUUGGACGUUGCAUCGAGUCCGCGAUAGCGGACAGGGUUGCCGCGUCCACCUACCGGACAGUUCACCUUGCCCCCAUCCUUCGUUGGGUCCUCCACCAAAGUUGGAAGCUCGGCCGAUGUAAGGCAUGUCCCUAGCCUCCGGAGUCCGUGUCGUAUCUGGGGAAGGCGCCUGGCGUGUGGGGACCGCGGGCUUGAAUAAAAGGGAAGCCACGCCCUCGGGAGCGGGCGUCUUCCUGUACAUUCGUCUGCCGGCAGAGUCGAGGCGAACCUGUAUCAGCAUCCCAAGAUGAAGACCUCAUCUCGGUUUCUCGGUGCCCUGGCAGCGGCCGCGUCAUUCGCGCCGUCUGCCCUUGCGCAGAACAAUGAGCCAGUGACAUUCACUGACCCGGGCACCGGCAUCGUCUUCAACUCAUGGGGUCUUGCCAACGGGGCACCCCAGACCCAGGGAGGCUACACCUUUGGUAUGGCUCUGCCUUCUGAUGCUUUGACGACCGACGCCACCGAGUUCAUCGGGUACUUGCAAUGUGCGGCCAAGGACGAGAAGGGCUGGUGCGGCAUCUCCCUGGGAGGACCCAUGACCAACUCGCUCCUCAUCACGGCCUGGCCGAACGAGGACACGGUCUACACGUCGCUCCGCUACGCGACCGGAUACGCCAUGCCGGAUGUCUACUCGGGAGACGCCAAGAUCACACAGAUCGCGUCGACCAUCAACUCGACGCACUUCACCUUGGUCUUCCGGUGCGAGAACUGCCUGCAGUGGAACCAGGGGGGCAGCUCCGGCGGCGCCGCGACCAGCUCUGGCUUCAUGGUGCUCGGCUGGGUGCAGGCGUUCCCGUCGCCCGGCAACCCGACGUGCCCGGACGAGAUCACGCUCGAGCAGCACGACAACGGCAUGGGCAUCUGGGGCGCCGUGCUGGACUCCAAGGCGGCCAACCCGUCCUACACGGCCUGGGCUGCCAAGGCGACCAAGACCGUCACGGGCGACUGCAGCGGUGCGACGCCGACGGACGUCGUGGGCGUGCCUGUGCCGACGGGCACCGCGUACGACUACAUCGUCGUCGGCGGCGGUGCCGGCGGCAUCCCCAUUGCCGACAAGCUGAGCGAGGCCGGGAAGAAGGUGCUGCUCAUCGAGAAGGGGUUCGCCUCGACAGGCGAGCACGGCGGCGUUCUCAAGCCGGACUGGCUCGCGGGCACCCAGCUCACGCGCUUCGACGUCCCAGGCCUGUGCAACCAGAUCUGGGUCGACUCGAAGGGCAUUGCCUGCGAGGACACGGACCAGAUGGCCGGCUGCGUCCUUGGAGGCGGCACUGCGGUGAACGCCGGGCUGUGGUUCAAGCCCUACGCGCUCGACUUCGACUACCUGUUCCCGACCGGCUGGAAGUCCAAGGACAUCCAGGCGGCCAUCUCCCGGGUGUUCUCGCGCAUCCCGGGCACCUACGCGCCCUCGACCGACGGCAAGCGCUACUACCAGCAGGGCUUCGACGUGCUCGCCGGCGGUCUGAGCAAGGGCGGCUGGACCAAGGUGACGGCCAACGACGCGCCGAACAGCAAGAACCGCACCUUCUCCAACUCGCCCUUCAUGUUCUCGGGCGGCCAGCGUGGCGGCCCUCUCGCGACCUACCUCAACACCGCCAAGAAGCGCAGCAACUUCGACCUCUGGCUCAACACGACCGUCCGCCGCGUCGUCCGCGACGGUGGCCACAUCACCGGCGUCGAGGUCGAAGCUUUCCGGAGCGGCGGCCGCGUGGGUACCGUGAACGUCACCAACAUCUCCGGCCGCGUCAUCCUCUCGGCGGGCACCUUCGGCAGCGCCAAGAUCUUGCUCAGGAGCGGCAUUGGUCCCGCGGAUCAGCUGCAGAUCGUCAAGGCCUCCACGAUUGACGGGCCGACCAUGAUCAGCAACACGUCGUGGAUUCCUUUGCCGGUCGGGUACAAUCUGGAUGACCACCUCAACACUGAUACCGUCAUCUCCCACCCCAACGUUGUAUUCUACGACUUCUACGCCGCCUGGACGGACCCGAUUGCGUCGGAUAAGACGAGCUACCUCAACUCGCGCACCGGCAUCCUCGCUCAGGCCGCUCCCAACAUUGGGCCAAUGUUCUGGGAAGAGAUCAAGGGCGCGGAUGGCAUCGUCCGCCAGCUGCAAUGGACCGCCCGCGUGGAGGGCAGCUUUGACACGCCCAACGGCCACGCGAUGACCAUGUCCCAGUACCUCGGCCGCGGCGCCACCUCGCGCGGCCGCAUGACCAUCACGCCGUCGCUGACGACCAUCGUCUCCGACGUGCCCUACCUCAAGGACCCCAACGACAAGGAGGCCGUCAUCCAGGGCAUCGUCAACCUGCAGAACGCCCUCAAGAACGUCGCCAACCUGACCUGGAACUUCCCCGAUCCCAACACCUCUGCGCGUGACUAUGUCAAUAACAUGGUCGUCUCCCCUUCCAACCGGCGCUCCAACCACUGGGUCGGAACGGCAAAGAUCGGCGCCGACGACGGCCGCUCGGGCUCCGGCUCGGCGGUCGUCGACCUCAACACGCGCGUGUGGGGCACCGACAACCUGUUCGUCGUGGACGCGUCCAUCUUCCCCGGCGUGCCGACCACCAACCCGUCGGCCUACAUCGUGGCCGUGUCGGAGCACGCCUCCCAGAAGAUCCUGGCGCUGGCGGCGCCGAAGCCCGUGGCCAAGUACGGCCAGUGCGGCGGUCGCCAGUGGACGGGCAGUUUCACGUGUGCCGCGGGGACCAAGUGCACGUACCAGAAUGAUUACUACUCGCAAUGCUUGUGA